UUUGUCUUUAUCACAUGUCUUUUAUCGAUUCUUGUAAAAAUUUCGCUGAACAAUUCGUGUUAUCAGUGCUCUGCAAAGGGAAAAUACCUCGUCAUGUUGGAUUUAUUCUCGACGGAAAUAGACGGUUUGCAAAGAAGGCAGGUGCCUCUUCUACAAAGUUUGGUCAUUACGAAGGUUUUAAGCAGCUUGAAAAAGUGUUAGAUUUGUGCAUGCAAAUGGGCAUUGAAGCUGUCACUGUAUUUGCCUUUAGUAUAGAAAACUUCAACCGAUCAAAGGAUGAAGUUGAUUACCUGAUGAAGUUAUUCUGUGAGGCAUUCGAAGGAUUUUGCGAGAAAAACACACUGGUAGAAAAAUAUCAGAUUGGUGUUCGGUUUCUAGGCAAUUUGGAUUAUUUACCUGCAGAUGUGAGAGAAAUCGCUAAUAAAGUAACAGAGCGCACAAAACACCAAAACAAACGUAUAUUCAACAUAUGCUGCCCAUAUACCUCCAGGGACGAAAUGACAACAGCGAUAAAGGACACCAUUGAUUUGGUAAAACAAGGAAAGAUCACAGUAGAUCAAAUUACAGAUCAAACAAUUAAGGAUCAUUUGUUCACAUCUGGUUGUCCACCUUUGGACAUAUUAGUGAGAACUUCGGGUGAAAUAAGGCUCAGUGAUUUUCUAUUAUGGCAGGCAAAUGAUCGAUGCCAGAUACAAUUUGUUGACUGUUACUGGCCAGAGUUUUCUCUCUGGAAGUUUUUGCCAAUCUUAUUCGAGUACCAAAUUUACUCGGACCAUCAGCGUCAGGAACAAAUCAUGGCUGAUGAUAAACAACAAUUGUCAAUAUAAAUAAACAAGAAAGCAUACCCUUAUAUUAUAAUUAACAAGAAUGAUUUUUAAUAUUUCCCCGUUUGAUUAGUAGAAUUAGGGAGGAAUGAAGAAAAUAAAUAAAUCUAG